UAUUUGUCAACAAAGUGGCAACGCCCGCCGCAGAAACUAGAACUGUCAUCAUGAUACAUUCAUAACUUUUGGUCAUUGCUCGUCAAUAUUUACGAAUUUGGAGGCAAAUAUCUCCAGAAUGGAUAACGAGUCUGCCUUUUCGGGCGUGAAUGUAGUGCUUGUUAUGGCCUAUGGUAGUCUGGUCUUCGUGCUGCUCUUCAUCUUUGUGAAAAGACAAAUUAUGCGCUUCGCCAUGAAGUCUCGUCGAGGGCCGCACGUUCCGCUGGGCCACAACGCCCCCAAGGGGCUCAGAGAAGAGAUCGAUGCUCGUCUGUGUAAAGUUAAUGACAUCCGCUAUGAACCGCGUCUUCUCUCAGUGGAGGAUGACAGGCUGAAGCACCGCAGCCAGAAUGGCUGUUAUAACUACCUGUACAGAAUGCAAGUUCUGGAUGCCAUUAGAGACACUGACGUCCUGUGUGGUGAGCUGGGCUGCAGCUCGGCUCUGACGGGCCGGCGCUAUAAGAGCUGGCUGAUACAGCUGCGCUCCUCUCUCUCACCACUCAGAAGCAGCCAGUGCAGCCUGAUUGAGCGCCUGCUGGAGGGAUACGACAGCGCCCGCCAUGGCACUAGGCCAUUUGGUGAAGUUGAGCUUCUGAAGUACAGAGAAGACCUGGAUGAACUGACUGCAGUUGUAAAGGCCCACUCCAGAUCCAGCAAUCUGAUGCAGCAGCACCAGUUAGCGGCCAAGGAUCUGACCAGCUUGCCCGGUCCGUCCUCGCCGGGUCCGUCCUCGCCUGGUCCGUCCUCAGCCUCCACCAUCCAGGUAACCUACCUGCCGUCGUCUGGCCAGCGAAGCAAGAGGCCAAAGCACUUCCUAGAGCUGAAGAACUUCAAGGACAACUACAACACACUGGAGAGCACACUUUAGGAGCGCUGGCCCAGCGGUGCGCUAGGACCACCACACCAGCAGGCCUUGGGCACGCUGUCUGGAGCAGUGUAGCUGUGGUUAGCAUGAGGGAGAAUGAGAUUAUUUCCUCAUAUCUCAGCUAUGUAAGAUGGUUGAAGCCUGGGAGACUGUGAUUAUGCUUGAAGAUGAAGUCUGUGAGAUACUCUGAUAAUCUUUCAGCGGAGAGAGGGAGGGAUGCUCUAAAAGUUCCUCCUUGGCAGUCAUGGUGUAAAAGUGUUUGCUUUUUUUGUUAACUACAGAAUUAGCUACUUAAAGUGUUUUGUCGGUGUUACACCUGUAAGGAGAAUUCACUGCCAAUAUUUCUCAGCAUUCCUCAGUCAAAGCUGCCUGUGGGAACUAUGACCAAGAGACCAUACCAAGGGAUAUUAGGACUUGUCUGAGGGAAAAAUAUAAAUGUUAAAUACGGCACUUCCAAAUAAGCUGAGAAGACUCUGACCAAGGAAUUGAUUUAUUAUAGUAAGAAGGCCCUGGUGUUACCAAGACAAGAAGAGCGUUUAUGCUUGUUAUGCGUCUGUGCUUGUUCUGCAUCAACAACAGUAAUGUGGGAACCAGUCAGAAAACCAGUGGGCUCUAUUCAAAACCCUAAAGUGGCAGAGCUGAACAGAGUACAUCGCACUGAAUUGGAUUUGGCGCCAAAUACAUCAUCGUCGUUUUUCCUCCAGUCGACAUUAUUUCUCCUAUUGCAUCCACGCGUGUAAACGUGCAGAGGAAUCUUCCUUCGCCACUAGAUGGCGCUAUGUGGUAGUGCUGUAAGGGCCUACCUCAGAGAGCUGACCAACGCUUACUCAGUAACGUGGAGCUGAGGGAUUUCUGUGAAGAAAGAGAGCCAUGCAUAACAGACUUCUUACAGGACACUUUCUGACUUUAAUUAUUCACCAGUAAUGAUUCAAUAUUAGUGUGUUAACGUUUGAACUAGUUCAGCUGUUGGUGCAUAACACAAAUAUUGUGACCAAAUAUUGACCAUUAGGAAUACUUCAUGACAACAUUGUUUUUGGUUCCAGUACUUUUAAAAUGAUCAUAAAUUCUUUAAAUUCAUUUUUUUUUAUUAUACUGUUGUAGGUGGUAGUUAUAAUAAUUGUCUGUUGUGAUGUCUGGGUGCCUGCUUCUUUAUCUCCAAUUUACUAUAUUAAUAUAUUACAGUUACAUCAAAGUUUCUUGUUUGUAGCAGAAACAUUUAUAAAAAAAAUAAUCAGUUAGAAACUGAUUGUUGUUCUGAUGUAAAUUUGUUUAAAAGUCCAACUCAGACAUUGGAUUUCCUUAGGAAGUCACCAUGUUUGAAAUCAAGAAAUAGACUGGCAGCUGUAUUUCUGCUAGGAUCGUUAUUUUGAUAUAUAUAUAUAUGUAAGUAUGUAUG